GAUGAGAGAACUAGGGCAACACGUUAUAAACUCGUGGAUAUGUUUUAGGGUUCGGCUUCUCCGUUUUCAUCACUAGCAGCAGAGUCUUGCGUUUUUAUCAGCCGACGCGAAAAUGGUGAAGGGACGCCAAGGAGAACGUGUCAGACUCUACGUUAGGGGAACCAUCUUGGGAUACAAAAGGUCGAAGUCUAACCAGUACCCAAACACAUCCCUUAUCCAGAUCGAGGGAGUCAACACUACAGAGGAGGUGACAUGGUACAAGGGAAAGAGGAUGGCUUACAUCUACAAGGCUAAGCCCAAGAAGAACGGUAGCCACUACCGCUGCAUCUGGGGAAAGGUUACAAGGCCUCAUGGUAACAGCGGUGUUGUCCGUGCCAAAUUCACAUCCAACUUGCCUCCUAAGUCCAUGGGAAUGAGGGUCAGAGUCUUCAUGUAUCCGAGUAACAUAUGAAGCAAAGUUUGAUGAUGUAGCUGUGGUUUUUGUCCACUAGUUCGUUAUUUUGUAUUUUGAUAUUUAAAGAAUUUUACUUUCUUUCUUUUGAAGUGUUUUGUUGAUCAUGGUUCAUGGAUUUGGUCUUUAAUCCCAAGUUAGAAUCUCUCAAAUCUUUUUUUCCUCA